AUUUCCAUCCGAAAAUAUAAUUUUAUUCAGCUCUUUCUUUUUGUAUAAUACAUAUUAUUUUUUUUUUCUUUUAUAGUAUUAUGUAUGGUGUUAAAGGAACAUAUACAAUACUUAAUUCUGUUACAAGGCAAGGUAUGCUGACCAAGCAAUUGGUUGCACCUAAAUCUACAGCAUUUCUCGUAAAUUUACCUACUCGUCAAGUAUCGGCUGGUAAACUUUCUUAUACAACUAGAAGUCAACCACAAUACAAUCAGAAACAGGAUCAACUUGAUGCCAGUAAUAAUACUUCAAAUGUUGCAAUUUCUCAAUCAAAAAAAGGGCCAUUGGAGACAAUGACAUGUAAUAGCCUAAAAGCAUUUUAUGAUACCUUAAAACCGGUCGAUUCAGCUUUCGUUGAUGCACGUAUUCUUCAGGCAGCCGAACAAAAAGACGCAAAAGCUGUUAUUGAAACCUUUGUUAAAGGAAAACUAGCUAUUGGACAAAAGCCUUUAUCAAUGAAAACAUAUGAAGCUGUUAUAAAAGCAUACGGCAGAUUACAGAGGGUUAAUCAACCCUUGACACCCAUGCUAGAUGCCUAUCAAGCUAUAGUAGCUACCGGGGUACAUCCUUCUUCACAAAUUUACGCACAUCUUAUUCGUUCUCUUUGUCGUAGAGAUUCGGAAGUUCAAAAAACAAUUGGUAUGCUUCGACGACAAAUGGCUCGUACUGGUAACCAAGUUGACAAUUUAAGUGAUCUCGAAAACGAAAAAAAUAUUGAAAAAGCUUUGGAUUUAUUCAACAUUGCAGUAAAAGAAAAAUGUACUCAGGCUUUUGAUACCGGACUUUAUAAUACUUUGCUUCGUGGAUUGUCCUUUAACGGUAACACUAAGGAUGGAAUUUAUAUUUAUGAACAUCUUGAAAGCGCUCGUAAUGCUCAUCCUGAUAGUACAACUUUUGCUACUCUUAUUACACUUUUUGGUUCUGCAGGUGACUUACCUUCUGUUCAUGAAUGCUUCAAAGAAUAUAAGCUAUUGAGGAAUAAACUUCCUAAUCACGAUCCCGCUAUUGUCUAUAACGCUUAUGUCCAUGCUCAUACUGAUACAGGUGAUCUUUUGGGUGCGUUGGAUAUUCUUGAAAAAGUUAUGAUCCAAGAUAAAGUAAAUAUAUCUAUUCUACCAUAUAAUAAAAUCAUUCGCCGAGCUUACUUCGAUGGGAAAAUGGAGAUGGCAGAUUCUAUAGUUAAUAGAUUAGAGACAGAUCCUAGAUUACCCAAGCCUAAUGCUAAUACCUAUGGUAUUGUUUUGUCUACUUAUUCUCGUCUUCAAAAUUUCGACAAAGCUAGAGAAACUUACAAGACUAUGUUGAAAUUCGAUAUAUCUAAGGAGUAUGGACAUAUUGCUGAUUAUGCAUAUGCUUGUACAGCGAACAACAUGCCAGAUGAGGCACUUUCAGUAACUAAAGAUAUGAUAUCUCGUGGAUUAGAAUUGGAUACGAAUUUAUCUCAAAAGUUGGUAAUGUCCUUUGUUAACAAUAACAGAAUAGAUGAUGCAGUGUCAGCAUUACAAUAUGUAAUAAAAAUGUAUUCAAAGACCAACUUUUUAUCUGAGAGAAAUCCAGUUUCUGUUUUGGCUAUGGAUAUAACACUCAAAUGCAAUAACAUCCACAACGCUUUAUCUAUUCUUCGCUUAUUAAGUGUUUAUUCUGUACAUCCUACACCAGUUGUUUGCAAUGCUGUUUAUAAGUUAUAUAAUGAAGCUAAAAUGGAUCCUGAUCAAUGGAAAGUACUGUCAAGAAAUAUGGAUAAAGAUUCUUUCUUUAUGUUGUAUGAUGUUGUUUUUAGAAAAAAAAAUACACCCGAAGAAUUUUGUAAACAUGCAUUAGAUUUGUUGAAAGAUAUGAAUGAUCUAAAGAUACCCCCGUCAAGCAGCCUUUAUGUUCGUGUUUUGACUAGAAUGAAGAAAUAUAAUGCGAAAGAAUAUGAAGAACGUUGGGAAAAAGAAUUUGCUCCUUUCAUUUCAUCAGUUCAAAAUCAACCUAAAUCUACAAACGAUUCUACAGAAACUAUCAGUGAUAGUCCUUCUAAUGCUAAUUUCUCCAUGACUUCUGACUCUGAUCUACUUUCUGGUAUUGCACUGGAUGCUGCCCUUGAUGAUAAAUUUGAUGAGGCUAUUGAUAUUCUAAAAAACAAAGUUAUAAAUCAAGGUCACACUCCUACACCUGAAGCUAUUCGUGAUAUGAUUCAGUAUUCUACAAGAUUAGGCCGUUUGAAUACAGCACAAGAGAUUUUCAACACUGUAAUUGAUUCGAUAAACAAUUUAGAUAAAAAUCGUAGAUAUCGAGCUUAUCAGGCCAUUUACACCGCUAUGCUUACAGCUCAUGCUCGCAAUAAUGAUAUUGAUUCAGCCAGGAUAUUUUAUAAUAAACUUCGUCAACAUGAUAUGUAUCCUGAUGCUGAUGCAUAUGGUUCUCUUUUAGCCUGUCCCAACAAUUCUACAACAGAUGAAUCUACUGAUGCUCUUACAAUUUAUGAAGAAGUUAAAAAGAAUAAUGUUCGUCCUACAGUUUACUUUUACAAUGUUGUGAUUUCCAAGUUAGCUAAAUGUCGUAAGCUUGAUAUUGUUUUAAAUCUAUUCGACGAAAUGAAGCAACAAGGUUUAGUCCCUAAUUCAAUUACUUAUGCUUCUGUUAUCUCUGCAUGUAUUCGCCGUGGUUCAGAAUCCAAUGCGACUCGUUAUUUCCACGAAAUGAUCUCAGCUCCUAGAUAUCAACCUCGUAUCGGUGCCUUCAAUGCUAUGAUUCAAUUCUAUGUUCAACAAAAACCAGAUCGCGAGAAAGCCCUGAAAUACUACAAUAUGUUAAAUCAGUACAAUUUAAAGCCAUCUGCUCACACUUAUAGAUUACUCAUGGAGGCUUAUGCGAACAUCCCUGCUUAUGAUAUGCUAACUGCCCAUAAAUUAUUAUCUGAAAUGAACAAGUGCCAUGGUAUUCAGCCUAAUACUUCACAUUAUGCAACCUUGAUCCGCUCUUAUGGUUGUCUUCAUCGUGAUGUCCAAUCUGCUUUAGCUGUUUACAGAGAAAUGCAAAAAACUGGUAUUGAAGCUGAUGAAACGGUUUAUCAAGCUCUAUUGAAUACCUAUAUCGACAAUAAUGAAAUGCAACAUGCUGAAGAAUUAUAUAAUAAUAUGCUUAAGGACGGUAAACAAUCUUCACCCUAUAUUGAAAACAUAUUUAUUACUGGCUAUGGUACACAAGGGCAGCUAGAUAAGGCGGAAGAGAGAUUUUUCAAUAUGAGUGAUGAUUCGAAUGGAUUGACCAAGGAGCCUAGCACAUACGAAGCAAUGGUUACUGCUUAUAUUAAGAAUGGACAGAAAGAGAAGGCUGAUAAAAUAAUUGAACAAAUGCGCAGUCGAGGCUUUCCGCCAAAAAUUGUUGAUGGAGUUGCUCAAAUAAUCGAUUCUGCAUCAUAGUAAAUUUUAUUAUUAUUAUUAUUAUUAUUAUUAUUUUUAUU